AUGGAGUACAUCAACGCUUUGACAGCAGAUAAACAACAAUCUGCCGAUACGCAGAUUGGCGAUGAUAGGAGCAGCAGCGAGCCGACUUCAAAGGAGCCCACUAUUCCCAAAGUACCGACGGAGGCGCCGCCGAAGCUCAAGACGUCUGAAAGAAGACGCAUCCAGAACCGCCAAGCGCAAAAGACUUACCGGGAGAAGCAGAAGAGGAGGCUACAGGCUCUAGAGUCGUUGGCCAAGUCCAAGACACUCGCGAAAGAUGCUCCAGCUUCUGGAACACCAGGCGCCACAAUCGGCCAAGACAUGGCUGGCAUCCUGGCCGCCGACUCGCCAAUCAUGGUGGGCUUGUCCGGGGUAAUGCAGCCUCAGGAGCUCGGUCCAGCUGCUGGCCUAGGUAUGGGAAGCCUCGUAGGAUGCGGCACGACCUUCAAUGCUACUGCUUUGAGCUACCAGACAGGCGCACCAGCUCCCAUGUACAGAUAUACACCGAAUCUGGACUUCCACCAGGCGGAUACCACCUUGAAUUCCGGACGAUCGUUCCGGGAGGAUCUGUUUUCCGCAUCAAAUCCGCUGGUUGCCCAAUCAGGAUCAAUUGCUUUUUCCCCAGGAGGCGAUCUUGACUCGCCUUCUCUGCAGCAAGUUGCUCCGUCACACACGAUUGCGCAAGACGGCCAAUUGGCAGAGAGAGAUGAUACGGACAGCUUGCUUGCGCAGUUUCUGUUACAGGACGACACUGCCUUGAGUACAUCUCUACUAGCAAACAUCCGCAAGAACAAGAUCACACUCAAAGACGUCAUUCGAAAAGGUCUCCAAUCGCUGGAAAGAGACUCGCACAACACGACAAACCCAGCUGAGAGCUCGAUGCAAGGGCGCGUAAUCUACAAACAGAUGCAAGGUGAAUCUAAAGGAUAA